CAGCAGUGAUACAGAAUGAUAAGGUGACCAUCUCAGUGUUUUCCGGCGCCGGCGGUGGUGCUUCCCCCUGCCGCCCGCCCUUACGAAGGAUACUAUGCUCCUCCAUUUCCACCUCUCCCCUCCUCCUCUUCCUCCACGUCGACCCAAGCUCCUUGCCUGCAGCCCCGACCCCGUCAUCCGCACGACCGGAUUCGGUCCACUCCGUCCGCUCCCGCCCACCCUCCUCGCCUCCCCGGCCUUCGCCACGGACGCCGGCCUUCGAUUCCGUGAGAAGCUCCUCUACCUCGAGCACGACCUCGGCCUCGACUCCUCCCGCGCCCUCUCCCUCAACCCCUCCCUCCGCUCCGCCCCCCUUUCCGCCCUCCACUCCUCUGCCGCCGCCCUCCGCUCCUUCGGCCUCCUCCCCGCCGACGCCGCCCGCGUCUUCGCCAUGUACCCCUCCCUCCUCACCUGCGACCCCAGCGCCGACCUCCUCCCGGUCUUUCACUUCCUACUUGGUCCCGCCGCCAUCCCCUUCCCGGACCUCCGCAAGGCCGUCGCUCGCUGCCCCCGACUCCUUGUCUCCAGCGUCCCCUCCCAGCUCCUCCCCGCCCUCCGCUUUCUCCGCCGCCUCGGCUUCGUCGGCCGCCGCCGCAUCACCUGCCGCACCACCCUCCUGCUUGUCUCCAGCAUAGAAGCCACUCUCCUCCCCAAGCUUGACUACCUCCGCCGACUCGGCUUCUCCCACCAGGAGACACGCAGCUUGGUGCUCCGCUCGCCCGGUAUGCUCACCUUCAGUAUAGAGAACAAUUUCAAGCCCAAAGUCGAGUUCUUUCUCCAUGACAUGGGCAGAGACCUCUCGGAGCUCAAGGACUUCCCGCAGUACUUCUCCUUCAGCUUGGAGGGGAAGAUCAAGCCCCGGCAUCGCUUGCUGGCGGAGAGCCGUCUCCGGAUGCCGCUUUCUGAGAUGCUCAAGGUCAGCGAUGGCGAGUUCAUGAGUCGCCUGGUGGAGAUGCGGCUGAGUCCUGUUAAUGACAAGUUGUAGGCAAUCACCAUAUUUGUAGCAUGGAGGAGAAUGGACAGGUGAAGUCGAAUUGCCUCCCUGGUGGACAAGAAUGGACUAAUUAUGACACAUACAUAAACUAAAGAUGGUUGAACUUGAAUCUAGCCUAAGCUGCUGAAAAUUAUACCCGGUGAGGACCAAGAUGCACUGUGAUUAGUAAUUCUAGUUUGGAUUUUGUUUAUUUUACUUCAGCAUAUGCUUAGUGAUCGUUUUGGAAAUAUAGCUGCUAUUGCCUUUUUGUUUUAGCUACUCGUUAAGUUUGGUUUGCCAGCUCCUUUAAGAUUGUAUGCUCUUGAUUGUUAAAGUGUGUUAGAUGGAUCACUAAGGAGCUCCUUGAUAAUUUCAUCCGUAGUGGUACCUCUAUACAAUUCUGAAUGAAAGGCAAAUACUAAAGACGAUAAUGUCAUCAUAGGCAAUUACUAAAACAAAUGCAUUAUGUCAAUUUAUUGAGGUCAUGUUUUCUUUUUCACAUUUCUUUAGUAAAAAAAAUAUCGAUAAAAAAUCACUUUUUUUGUUCCGAAAAAAAAAAGAAUGCAAUUGGGAUGAUGGUGGAGGAAGUGAAAGAGAAAAAUUGUUGAUCAGAAUGAUAAGAAGUGCAUUUGUCUUGUCAGAAUUUACAUCUUUUGGAGUUUGUGACUGAUUAUUGAUAGAUUUAAAAGUUAUAGCAGUUUGGAGAGAAGCUUGAAUGAGCUCUGAGAGUUUGUCUGUGGAGUCAAAUUGCAAGAGAGAUCCUCAACUUUGUGAUGCUGAGAAACCUGUGUGAUGGUGGGAGAUAUGUCAAUCAAGAUGAGUGAUUUUAGGGGCAGCAAGAAACUAAUAUUCCCAGUCAACAUGGACUCAUGAAAUCUAGAUACUAAUCCAACAAAGGCACCCUUUAACUUUUGUUAGUCUGAGGAAUGACUUCUGUAGAUUCCAUAGAGGACUGUUCAAAUCAGUACAUCAUCCACUGAAACUUUCCUGGGAGUUCAGACAACCUAAGUACCAGUUAUCAGAUAGAACACUUGGUAUCACAAAAGCUGCACUAGUUACAUUGUAGUGACUCAUUGACACCAUAGCUUUUGACUCUUACUUACCCUUGUUCUUUGUCCUUGGAAAGGUUUUUUUCGAAUGCCAGCCUCUUGUGAGGAAGAGUUCUUUAGAGGCUUCCUGUGCAUCUCUCUGGGGAGGGCAUAUAUUCCCUUUCUGAGUCACUAGUCCUUAUCAUUGUCUGAAAGACCCACAUAGGUGAGGAUCACUGUUCCUAUGCCCUUCCAUGGACAUCGUCAUAAAUGAUGUCCUUCACAAUACAAGUCUUCCGUCUUGUUUAUGUCAAGGUUUUGAAUGCUGAGGCAAUUGGGUUGGUGUGGCAUUUCUUCUUUGGGGUCACAAUGGUUAGGCAAGUGGGACAGCACCUGAACCUGAGCUAAGUGCCCAAAGAAAAUGAACUUAAUGCACUACACUUUCUUCAUGCAAACUAAUGUGUUCUUUUGGUGGGACUCUUCUCUCUCCUCUCUUACAAUGCUUUUGCUAUGAGCACAUUAAUGUUCUUUUUAUUUUUGUAUCACAAGCUCUGUAUCUCCUCAGUAUUUAUACUGCUUCAGCAGAGAAGAGCUUUGGAUUUUGCUGACAGCCUUUCCUUUCACCUCAUUUACUUCAAGGGGAGUUUCACCUUGUCUUCCUCACAGGUUUUGGUGUUCUUCUGAAGUAAGUUUACGACAUGGUUCUUAUGAUCAGCAUGCUUUGUGCCAAAGAAGUGGUGGUCACCAUCCAAGACAACACUUGCAUGGAAGCUAGACAGUAGCUAUUGGGUUUAAUAGUUGCUAGUGACAACUAAUCCCAUUUUCCUUAUCAGUAGUGAAGCUUGUGAAUGGUGGAAGAAAAUAUAUUGCAAAGAUCUCCUCCCUUUCCUUGCUUUGGGUGUUGAGAAAAGUUGAGGAGCUCUCCUUUGUCUGAAAGAGAAGCAUCCUCUAUUACAUAACUGAUAAAUUCAAAGCUCCUCUUUACAUUUAAUUGUGCUUCCAACAACAACUGCUACUACUCCAUACUAAUGCAGUUCCUUUCUCAGGGACCUCUAUACCAUGCAGCUGAGAAGCCUCUUCUGUCAACUCAUCCCAUCAACAUAAAGUCAUGUGAAGUAUAUGGAAGUGGAUGCAUCAUCUUCUUGGGAGUUUUAGACCACUUAACAGAACCUGCUUCAUUCAAUAAGGUGUGUUGCAUAAGGAUCAGUGAAACACACACUGUUUCUCUCUGUUCUUUUGCCUUGAGCUUGUGGAGUCAGUACAGACACAGAACUACACUCUUCUUUUGUUCCCAAGUGCCAUGUAAUCUUGUCUUCCUCAUGUCUGCACUGCAAGUGUUCACUGUAAUGGAAAUGUCUCAGGCACACUGCUUUCAGUGGCCUUUGUUAUGCACA